AAUUAAUUAUUACCACACAAACCAUAUUCUGAUAAUUAUUUAUUGAUACAAGUGGCACGUGCUGGCAGUCAAUCACGUAACCUCUGACACUCAAUCAGAGCCAUUCAGUGUUGUUUAUGUAUGUAGCUAGUGGGCUAAGCUGUAGCAUUUAGCGAUGUCUUUCAAAAGGAGACAACUCACAAAUGUGGAAAUUCUGGAGAUUUUUGUAAAUUCUGACAGUGAGUCUGAAAGUCAGAAAUCUGAUUCUGACCGUGAGGAGCUGCUCCCCAACCUUGUGGCCAUUGAGAACCCUGAAUCUGAGGACCCCUUGUCCACCGACGGAGUCCCAGGUUCCCCUGAAGAUGCUGGUGGUGAUGGAGGCAGACCGACAGUGGAUGAAGUACACGAGGUCUGUGGUAGCUGCCAUUUCACCACUCCUGGCCCUGCUGUUUGCUUUGAUGAGUCCCAAUCUGGAGUGCAAAGCCCCUUGCUGUCUCCCUCUGAGGCAGAGUGCUUCAAGCUGUUUCUGACAGAGCAGCGAGACAUAGUGGACGAGACAAAUCGCUAUGCCUUGAAGCUACAGGAGAAGAGAGAGCCAGAAGUGAUGGGGAAGCUCGCAAAGUGGGUGACAACCACAAUUACUGAAAUGUAUACCUACCUGGUGGCAGUCCUUCUCAUGGGAAUAGUGAAGAAGAACUCCCUAAGGGAUUACUGGAGCAUGGAUCCUAUGUUUGCAACUCCCUUCUUUGCCACCCUCUUUUCUCAAGACCGCUUCCUGGUUCUGCUGCAAUGCCUGCAUUUCGUCAACAAUGCUACUGCCAACCUACAGUGA